UAGUUUUUUCGUGAUAAUAGCAACGAAUACAUUUUUGAGAUGUCUUUGUACAGUUUUUUAGUAUAUAAUAAGACGGCAGAAAACAAUUGAAUUUAAAGAUUGUAUCGUGUGCAAUGUGUUUAUUUAACUUUGAUUAAAUACCGCUGCAACUUGACAUUUGAUUUUGUGCAAUAAAUAGUGUGCGGUUGACGUAUGCACGACCGGAAUCGAUUCAAUGUUAAUCGAGCUUCAGUCGGGCUCUGGUCGGGCUCUAUCAUGAAAACACGUUUCAAAUACGCAGUGACCAAUAUUAUCGAUGGUUGGCUAACGGUCGGGCAUGAAUGGAUUUUAACACCAACAUGAAAACACUUCUUCAGGCGGCAAAGUGAAUGGAAUAUGAUCUUUUUCGCCAAACAUCACUUAAAAUUCAUAGUACGAAAAAUUCAUAUACAAAAGAAAUAGUGCUCGAGAAAAGUGUACUAGUGAUUUUUGCACGUGUCUCUUACAUUUUGCAACAUGUGCCAAUAGCAUGUAUUGAAACAUGAUCCGCAUUUUUGUUUGCUCCACUUCCAUACAAAGCACAUUCAAGAAGACAGAAAUUGAGUGUAUACAAAGCCGAAACAUAUUCUUGUAUCAGAGGCAAGUCGCAGAUUUUUUUAGUUCCAUUUUGAUCAAGUGUCAAAAAAUCGAUAAAAUUUACUCCAAAUCCAUGACAUGACAUGACAUGAGAUUGGGAUUACCCAAAUUGGGAAUAGGGCAAAGAAAAAAGCAAAACAAGAUAAUAAGCUCAAAUAUACCGAACGCAGAGUGAUAAACACUGACAGCCCUGUAUUGAUAAGCAUAUGAUCAGCGAUCACAUUGCCGUGAUACGUUCAACUUUGAUUUCAAAUUAAAUGCAUACAUAUUGUAAAUUGCAAUUGACUCCCUAGAUAACAAUGGUGGGCUGAGCAGUGGUUUUGUUAGGUGAGAAUGAGUAAUAAUGCGAUGUGUAUGUGUCAGCAUCAAACUUCGUUCUAAUUUGCAAUAACUGGAAUUAGCGAGUAUCGCAUACGCAUUACGAGAUACGGUGAGAAUGCAACACCGUCGGAGAAAUAAUGAGUACAAUUAUAAUAAUAAUGACGAUCCGCCCACAGUAGAUAAUUGGAGAAGUUCAAAGAACAUCUGAAAUUUACCAGGAAUAAAAUGAAUUGCGUUCUUCCGGAACAUUUUCGAAUGGCACAAGAUAUUUUGUUCUGCUUGAUUGUGAUAUCGAAUAAUUCGAUACGUUUCGCGUGACCCAUCAAGUGCAUAUUUAUUGAAACAAUCAUAGCAAUUUGCGCCAGUGAUCGCAAUUUAAUCAAUUAUCUUUGCCAUAAAUCACUGAAAUAGGUAAACAGUCGCUGCGUUUGAACUUGACUGGAAAAAGCCGAGACGACAAUGUAACCCAUUCAAGCGGUUUGAGCGCACAUCUGGUAAUUUGCAUAGUCGGCGAUAACAAUCAACAAUGUUACAAACAUUUGCAUUAAUAUGCAAAUUCAUCAGUCGUGUGUGUAUGAGUGUUUUUUUCUCCUUUAUUCAUGUGACCAUCUCUAAUAUACACAGCAUCUCCGUAAGACAAACAAUUUACUUUCUAUUUUUUUAUGUCUUCAAAUGAGAAGCUUCAGGCGAUGUUGAGCAUCGUUUUGCUUAUGCGACGAUCAUGUGACUUUAAUAAAUGCAAUAGCUUAGAGUUAUACAACUUAAAUUUAAAUUCUAUUCAAAAAAAUAUAUGCAAAACAGCCAAACGACGACGAUGAAGAAGAAGAAGAAAAAAAAAAAAAAUCAACUAAAACUUGUUCUUGAAAUAUUCCGCUCCCACUUUUAACACUGGAUUUUGUACACAAUUUAAACGCAGACCCAGCAAAGCAUUCGACCGUUCCAAAUUUAGAUCUAGUCCAACCACUUUGUGUAUGCACAGAGCAUUCGGGCGUUUUGCGAUUGUGAUGAAAAAAAAAAUAACAUGGAAAAACAUCGUACCGUGUCGAUGAUAAUUAUGAAGUAUUUGAUGGCGGUAGCUGAAUACUGUACAGUCAACAAACAAUGAGACUUUGACGCGAUGCUGGCCAAAGACGUCAAUGUAUUGUUGUUUAUUGCUUGAAAAUAUGGAUAAAUUCGGCAACCACCACGGACCGCAUUACAUUAGACAAUUGGAUACCUGACAGUGCAACCGUCUUUUGAGCUUGUAUUCUGCUUUUUCGUGUUCAGAUUCAGUGCAAACAUCUUUAUUUACAUUACUGUAAGCAACGGGCUACAAUGAAGCCAAUUGCAUCGUUAGAGGACGUUGUGUUGAGUGAAAAGAGACCGGAGACGGUCGAAGAAGAGUUUCAAGCAUGUAUUCGACGUAUCAACUACAUGCAAAUGGAUUUGGAAGAUGAUAUUUACGAAAAAUCAACAAUAUCCCAGUACUUCAAAGGGAAAUGUGUGUUUUUAACCGGUGGCGCUGGUUUUCUUGGCCAACUCUACAUUGAAAAGUUAUUACGGAUUGGUGCAAGUCGAAUUUAUUGCUUGUUGCGUCCGAAAAAGAAUCUCACACCGGAAGAACGUAUACGGCACAUCUGCUCUGGACCGGUGUAUCAACGCCUCAGAGAUAUGGAUCCACAUUUUCAUGACCGACUCAGUGUGAUAACGGGUGAUUUGAAGUUAGUUGGUGCCGGUAUUAGUGCUACAGACGUAGAAUUACUGUGCAAUGAAGUUCAAGUGGUCAUUCAUGCGGCGGCCGAUGUUCGUUUCAAUAUUCCGCUACUUGAAUUGGUGCAGUCAAAUGUGCGUGGUACGCGCGAUGUUCUGGAGAUUGCCAAGAAAAUGAAGCGCUUGGAAGUGUUUUCAUACAUUUCAACGGCUUAUUCGCAUUGCCCGCGCGAUAUUGUUGAGGAGAAAUUUUACGAUCCACCAAUGGAGCCGGAGUUUUGGUUAAAGGUGCUCGAUCGCUGCAAAACGAGUGCCGAUCGUGAAAUUAUCGAAAUACUCGAACAGCAAUUUAUGAACCCAUGGCCCAACAGCUAUACAUACACAAAAGCACUCAGCGAAAGCCUGGUCAAGCGUUACAGUGCACAUUUCCCAACCAUCGUUAUUCGGCCGUCAAUUAUUGUUUCUACGUAUCAGGACCCAAUUCCUGGAUGGACAAACAACAUAACUGGCAUAAAUGGUUUAUGUGUUGGUAUCGGCGUGGGAUUCUUGCGUCAUUUGCACGUAUCCAAUGAUUUUGUAAUCGAUAUCAUUUGUGCUGAUUUCGUGAUUAAUACAACACUAUCGGCCAUCUAUUUGUCUGCCGAAAAAUAUGCAACGCUCAAACGAAUUCCCGACCCAGAAGUGUUCCAUGUUACAAGCAAGGGAUUCUAUUUGACUUCAGAGCGCUUGGGGCAAGAUUCAAUAACAAUUCGACGAUAUGAGCUAUUGCAUUGUAUGAAAUGCGUUUAUUACCCGGUCAUCACGUUCACACACUACGAAUGGCAAGAUUUUUUGGCAACCAUAUUCCUGCAGGCGCUGCCGUGCUUCUUCAUGGACUUUUUCAACCCCGAAAAGAUACGACUGUUGGCCGUUUGCCGUAAAAUCAAAUCAAUGAAGAAUGUGAUCACGUUCUUCAUGAACAAACGAAUACAUUUCGAUAACACGAAUGUCGUGCACGAAGUAUACGACCGCAUGACCGAUGUGGAUAAAAAACUGUUCCCCUCCGAUUCGCGUAACUUCGAAUGGAACAAUUUCCUUUAUGCAUACUUUGCUGGUAUGCGCGUUUACGUGCUAAUGGAUCCAUUGGAAACAUUCCCGAAAUCGAGAGCCAAAUUACGCAAAUUAAAAUACAUUCAUUACACACUGAAAUAUUCAUUCUUCACCAUUUUAGUACUGCUAUUUUAUGUAUUCGUAUUGAAAUGGCUUUUGCGUUCGUUGUUGUAAGGUAGGAAACGAGAAUUAGAAAAAAAAAUACUUCAAAAAUUCGUUUCAUCAUCGUCGGAAUGCAGCCAAUGCAUUUGAUUUGAUAAUUAUUUACAACAUAAUUUCUGUUGUAAGCAUAUUUGUACUCUGUAUCAAACGAUUUACAUCUCUCUCUCUCUCUCUCUCUCUCUCUCUCUCUCCCUUUCUCUAUAUAUUAUAUCACCUAGUUUGUAGUUCAACGGGCAUAUUAUGUUAGAAUAAUAAAUCGUGUUUUUGUGGUCGGUGUCACUUGGCGAAAAUGCAAUCCGGAAAACCGCAAAUUCAAAGCUCAAUAAACAUUUUAAUUAAAAUCAUGUUAUGUUCGAAAAUGUGUUCAAUUUAAAAUGCGAUGAGCUUCAUUAUGUGUCCGAUUUAUUGGCAUUUUUUUUCAUUGUUUGGCAUUGAAUCGUUGUUGUUAUUGCACGAGAUUCCGCUCCAAAUUCAACAAAUACCAAAUUCUAUCACAAAAUAAUUGAAUUAUUCAAUCCGGAUAAUUGUAUGUUUUGAUAUAGUAUCGUUACAAUUAUGUUAUUUUCAACGUGAACUCAUUCCAAUCGAAAAAUAUGGCAACGAGACAAAAAAAAACAAA